AUGGCGUUUCUGAAGAAAAAAAGAGUCAGUGCUGGUCAUGGUGGGCUUUCCGAUUUAGACAUCGUUUCAAGCUCCCCAAAGGGCCAACAAACGCCCCGUUUACCGUCUAGAUCAGGUGCAAGCCGAAGAUCCGUUUAUGGGGCGAAAAGACCAGAUGAACGAUUGAUUCAAAGCCAAACAGUGGAACUUCCGUCUGAGAAAGUUUCAAAUUUCAAAAAUUCGUCGCGAAACCCGUUUGUAGAACACGAUUCUGCGGCUGACUCCAGCUUUAGUUUCGAAGACCAAGCUUGGAUUCGCUCUCCUGAAAACAAGCAAUUCGAUAGUUUCAAUUCUCCUGGCGGUUCGCAGACGCCCCAGACAUCCCAGACGCCUCAAUCUAUCAAUACACAGCAAACAUACAGCGAAGAACUCAAACGUAACGAAUCAAGACAUUCGUCUGGUGGGAGUAUCUCUUCACUGUCUUUGGACCGUCUUCUAUGCACUUGGGACGUUACAGAUCCUCAUGAAUGGACGAAAGGACGGGUGCUAUCGUUUUUCAAAUCAAACGACUUCAGUGAUCAAUGGAUAUUAUACUUCAGAAAGCAUCAACUUUACGGCGAUAAGUUCUUGGGACUGUUGGCCCAUGAGAACUUUUUAAAGCAUGCCAAAAAUCUCCCUCAAACCGAAAACUCCUCUUACAAUCGCUUUCAAUUUCUACUGAAAAGAACGUUGGAACAAAACGUGGUGAAUGGACAUAUUAGAAACAAGAGCGACAAGUCCGUAACUUCAAGAAGCUCAAGCGACUCGACAACAAAACUCAGAAACCGAAGUUAUUUGAGCUCAGAACACUCUCGGUCGGCGUCAGACUCAAUACCUUCUAGCGGCCGAAAGGUAUCUGCUGAGGGAGUCGAGGAGAGGCCGCAAACCAAAGGAUAUCAAAAGGGUAAUAGCGCCAGUUCAUUGUACCGCCGCAGUCUGAUUUCUCUAAGAAGUUCCAAUAGCUAUUACUCCCCUGGCAAAACCGAAAGCAUGACUAAACCCACUUUACCACGCCCAAUAUCUACAAUUGAUAGUAAUGCACCCGUCAUCACGGAAUCUGCUACUCAACCUUCAUCGUCUCCGUUGUCACCGAAUUACACAAACAUUUUCAGAAGACAGCACAAGAGUAGUUCCUCAGAAUCCUCGAUCUUUAAUAUCUUAUUUGGUAGCAAUUCGGGGCAACCAGUGGUUCCUACUGAAAAGCCCGCUGUACAAACUGGUCGGAGUUACUCGUCUGAGAAUCUGCCUGCCUCUAAAAGCCCAGAAGCUUCUGCAUCUUCUCCCCUAAGACAAAAUUCUUGGAAUGCUGAAAAUUUAUCAAGUCUAAUACCUGAUCCCGUCAUUUCCUCAGAUACUACUCCGGUUUUGAAGCCCACCGAGGGCUCUAAAGAGGACGACGCAACCGAAUUUGAGUCAGAGAAUCCCCAACUUCAAAAAACUCAGCCAAACUUCGAACUGAAAGAUUUCGUUCUCGAAAAGAAGUUUUAUCCAUUAAAAUCUGACAAUGGUCAGGAUAACUAUGUUAUGGUAACGAAAGACAAUAGAACUUUCAUCCCAAUUAACGUUAACAUGGUGUCUAAUAUCAAUGAACUUAAAGAAUCUAUGGCUAUAACCCUUGGAAUUUCGCAUCAAAACUUCACUGUGCAUUUGACGGAUUUUGGUUGUGAAAUAGGAUGCUCAAUUCCCGAUCAAUUGUUAGAGAACUUACGCCUUAACAUGUUUUAUGGUGUUCCAAAAAGGUUUUUUAUAAAAGACCAAUUGAAAGUGCAAUUAAAACCUCGCGCUGUUCCUGCGGGUCAGGAAAUGGGCCCUUCAUUGCGGCCUGCGAAAAGCAAGGGCUCUCUAAAAUCAACUGCUAGCAGCAUGGCCUAUUCUAACGAUGGGAAUUCUUUGGUCACUUCAAACUCUGACGUCACAUCCUAUGACGAAAGCUCUAAUGGCCCUGAUGCCGCCAUAUACCCACAAACUCCGAGCUACUAUUAUGAAAACGUUUCUUCCAGUAAUCUUCCAGAGGUUGAUUAUUGGAAUGUUAAGUCCGCCGUAAGAGAAGGAACGCCUCCAACAGAAGUACCUCGCAUCGCUUCGAGAAGUGGUUCAAAAGUUGGCACUCCUCUUCAAGAAGGAAGCGAUACCACUUUUAAGGUCAUCAGAAAGCCAAGCGAUAACGAAAUAAAUUUUGACAAAAGGCGAGACUCACCAUACAACAAGGCAGAUUUUGCACCACGAAGGGAAGCUCCCAAGCCUCCGGGUGGUACAUCGGUAUCUUCCGGACCUUUUGCUGGGGGUCAGACUUUGUACAUGAGUAAUGCGCCUUCGAGUCUUCAUAAAAGGCGCCUAACCAGAAAAACCAAAAGACCACCCCCUCCUACGGCAAAUCUUCAGCCAUCAAGUGUGUCCUCUACCACGUCAUCCCCUCAGCACCAUAAAAGCUCUGAAGAUUCGGUUGUGAAGUCAUAUACACCUGCAUCUUCACACGUUCUUGUUCCGCAACCAUAUCGCGGAGCGUCGGAUGGAUUGAACCUUAAUCGAACAGAAGACAAUUCCGUGACAGCUUACUUGUCUCGUCAGAGAUCGAAUCGAUCAGGGUCUUUGCAUUCAGUUACGGCAUCCACCAUUUCAUCUCCACCGAGAUUACUAACGCGCAUGAGCUCCAAACGGGUUGUUUCUUCAGCAUCGGCAGCCGAUAAUUUCGAAGAGAAUGACAUUACGUUUAAUGAUGCGCCAGCGCUAUCGGAUUCUGGAGAUGGUUCAGAUGACAGUGAUUCUUCAAAUGAUAUCAUUUGGUCAACGUCUGCACCGAAAAACCUACUUAGCAAACCGAAAGAAUCCUCGAAACCUGAACCGCUUGAAACUUCAGGUCCUUCCGGGACCUUGGGGUCUGAUAGGAAAGCGUCAAUUCUAGCACAUGAUCCUACUGGACUUGGGCGCAAAAUGACUCUCAGACCCUCUGCUGAGGUAGUUUACCAGAAUCUUGAAAAGUUUUUUCCUGGCACCGAUCUUGAUAAGCCCAUUGUUGAAGGCUCAACACCUCCUCCGUCUCCUCCUCCUAAUGCCAACGGUUACCAGGCUGUGGCGAGUUUUACAAGCUCUGAGAAAAAGAGCAAAUCGAUUCCCACCCCGAAUGCUUCUCCUAUUAAUUCCAGGUCUGGUACGCCGCAAACCAUGAUAACAUCGCCGCCGGUGACAGACCGAAUGGCCACGGCUUUACACGAAGCCACACAUUUAAAAGUACCUAAAAGAGCCAAGACCCUGAGAAUAAUUGCAAGGGAAGCAAGCGAGGCACGUCAAAGCCCAAAGGGAAGAAGUCUCAAGCGCAAGAAUACUAAAAUGUGGGGAACCCGUGUUGUAGAAGUCACUGACAAAGGAACAGUAGCUAUCAACAAGACCAAGAAUUCGAAUGGUGACUACAAAGAGUUUGCUUGGAUCAAGGGUGAAAUGAUUGGCAAAGGUUCGUUUGGUUCGGUGUAUCUGGGUUUGAAUGUGACGACCGGUGAAAUGAUUGCUGUCAAGCAAGUCGAAGUACCUCGCUUUAGUGCCCAAGAUGAACAAGCACACAACGUUUUGGAGGCACUCAAAUCUGAAGUUUCGACUUUACAAGAUCUUGACCAUCUUAAUAUCGUGCAAUAUCUGGGGUUUGAAAACAAGGGCAAUAUAUACAGCUUGUUUUUGGAGUAUGUGGCUGGUGGUUCAGUUGGCUCACUUAUUAGGUUUCUGGGUCACUUUGAUGAAAAACUCAUUCGAUUUUUAACAGUUCAGGUACUAGCGGGCCUGUCAUACCUACAUUCACGUGGAAUUCUGCAUCGGGAUAUGAAGGCUGAUAACAUACUGAUAGACUCCGAUGGGGUUUGUAAGAUCAGCGAUUUUGGUAUCUCUAAAAAAUCCAGCAAUAUUUACACUAAUUCCGAUAUGACUAUGAGAGGAACCGUUUUCUGGAUGGCUCCCGAGAUGGUCGAUACAAAGCAAGGUUAUAGUGCUAAGGUGGACAUUUGGUCACUAGGGUGUGUGGUACUAGAAAUGUUCGCUGGGAAGCGCCCGUGGUCAAACCUCGAAGUCGUCGCUGCAAUGUUCCAAAUCGGGAAAUCUAAAUCAGCACCACCCAUUCCGGAAGAUACUCUACCUCUCAUAUCUGAGCAAGGACGAGACUUUCUUGAUGCCUGCUUUGAGAUCGAUCCUGAAAGAAGACCAACGGCAGAUAAGUUGCUAGAACAUAAAUUCUGCGUUGUGGAUAACGAUUUUGAUUUCAAGGAAACAAAACUCGCGAGAUUCAUUAAAUCCAAUGACAAAGUCAAUUCGAGCAAACUCAGAAACAGUUCUCAAUGA